CCCCCGCCCCUCUGUGCCUGUACCCCCCGCCUGGGUGGGUUGCUGCGGGGGGGGUCUCCCCCCGGUGUCGCUUUCCACGUCGCCUCUCCGCUGGUAGAUGCCGCAGAGCCCGGAGCCCGAGAGGACACGCUGGUUUCUGAAGAGCUGAGUGGCCUGCCAUGGGGAACCAUGUAGGAAAACGAGAUCAGAGCGCUGAGAAGCCUAUUAAGGAUUCUGUGAUCAUCUCCACUGAGGCAGGACCAAGUACACCUAGACCAUCCCUGGAGACAAAAGUGGAGGAAGUGGAGGAAGCUGAAAAUAAAGCAAGCCCUAAAGCAGCCAGACUAACCAAACAACCCUCAGAAGAUAAUGAAGUGUUUGGAGAGGCAGAUGUGAAUCAGAACAAUGGGACCUCCACUAAGAGCACAGCGGUGACAGACUCCAAGGGCACAGCAGACUCAAAGAAUGCCUGGAAGGAGGCCAACCCAGCUGACACAGUUGGUCGCCCCCACUUGAUCCGCCUCUUUUCCCGAGAUGCCCCAGGAAGGGAGGACAACACCUUCAAAGAUCGGCCCUCAGAGUCAGACGAGCUACAGACCAUUCAAGAGGACAGUGCUGCAACUUCAGAAAACUCGGAUUUGAUGGCUUCACAGAAACGCUCCUCUUUCCGGCACGGAUCAAAAAUGGCAACUGCAAGCACCAUAGACCAUGCUAGACAUGGAUCUCCAAGGCACAGAGACUCGGGUCUACUUGACUCGCUGGGCAGAUUCUUUGGAGGUGAAAAACAAGUUCCCAGGAGGGGCUCGGGCAAGGACAUACAUGCAGCCAGAGCUAGCCAUGUAGGUUCCAUGCCCCAAAGGUCUCAGCACGGGCGGCCUGGUGACGACAACCCAGUAGUCCAUUUCUUCAAGAACAUCGUGUCACCUAGGACACCACCCCCAGAGCAGGCAAAGGGGAGAGGAUUAUCCCUCGCCAGAUUUAGCUGGGGAGGUGAAGGACACAAGCCAGGGUAUGGAGGAAGUGGCAAAUUCUACGAGCAUAAAUCUGCUUAUAAGGGACAUAAGGGAUCAUACCAUGAUGGCCAGGGCACUCUUUCCAAAAUCUUUAAACUGGGAGGAUCUGGUUCCCGACCUGGAUCACGGUCUGGUUCUCCAGUUGCUAGACGCUGAAGUUCUAAGACGUCAUUCAAGGACCAUGUACUCUGCUUCAUAAGAUAACUGCCUAAAAUUUUAAUAAUAAUUGCAAGAAUUACAUAGAUAGAAACAAUCUGUUACUUAAUGUCAUUUGAGUUGUGCAUGCAGUAGGAUUAUAUACACUUCUAUUGGCAAUCCCUGACCAACAGUUGAAUGAAUGAAACACACAAAGUAGCUUUAUUUGCUAUCUUCAUUUUUUUAGGUAAAAUAACAAGAUCCCCGACUUUAUUCAUUCUUCAGGAUGUCCAAACUGCAUGUUAGAUUUUAUUUAUUUUUUCUCCAAGCCCCACAAGUCUUCUGAUUUUUUUUUUUCAUUGAACACCACAAUUGCAAAUGCAGAGCAACUGUCUUGGUUUUUGAGCACUGCCAUUAAAGGAUUUCUUAAACACUGCUGUAAAAAACAUGUGCAGAAGUUGUAAGGACUGUUUAUCCGAACACUUUUUUGUUUGGGUUUAUUUUUGUUUAAUGUCACUUCUCUCAGAAUAUUUUACUUUUCAUAACAGGAUUAGGCAGUCAUGGAAAGGUUUAAUAAACUUUGGGAGUUCAAGGUAUGUGAAAUGUGGGAGAGGGCAGCUGUUACAGUAUCAAUGAGACGCAAAGCAAUAGUAAUAAGGAAAUUCCUUAUUUUUACAAAUUGCUCAUCACACCCAAACCAUUAGAAUUAAGUGUGGCCGAGAGAGAGAGAGAGAGGAUUUCAAACUUGGGUUAGACUAAUGUCUUACAACAAAAAACAAGGAACAUUCCCAGAGAAGAAACAUCUAAGAUUGCACGUGACCACUGCAUGUCACUGUUGCUCCACGCAGACACUGCUACAACAGCAUUUCUUUAGCAGUAAAAGAAUAAAACAAAAAUAGUCUAAUUUGUGAAAGAAAUAAAGCCCUUCAGCAUUGAGACUUCAGAUAGUCCUGCACAUCUCAAGUUAGAAUUAUUAGUAGUUUUCUUGUUACUGCAGCAGUGUUAAACUUGGUAAGCUUGUCUUAUGACGAAAUAGAUGGCUUUAAUGGCAGUGCACCAAAGCAAACUAGUAGUAAACUACUGUGAACAUUUAACUGUUGCAUUGUAGUUGCCUUAUAGAAAUUAAAUCUAAAUCAUUAGUUAGCGUUUAACAUUGAUUGUUCACAAAUCUACUAAAAUGUAUACAUGUGGCAAUGGUAUUUCCAACCAUAUGUAGGAAAAAAGCUCUUCUGAAUUGCACUAUUUUAUAACAAACUUUUAAUAUUUUGUGAGAUUACCCUCCUUAACUGAUUCAGUGUUUUUUAUUUUAGCAUAUACAUUGUAGACUAUAUUUAAUGCUAAG